UGGUCGUCAUUCUGUUUCGCGGUGACGGCAACACACAGUCGUUCACCAACUGUCUUGCUGAACGUGUGAAUUUUUAAUACCAGAGGGAAAGUUAAAAGAAAUAUUGUGUAUUUAUUAUUGUUAAUAAAAUUUUAACAAGUGUUACAUAUUCAAUAAUUUUUACCAAAAGACAGUUUUCUUAAAUUUCAUUUAAAACUCCCGGGAAAUAUUUAAAAUUUUAAAAUAAAAUUCUCUCACACGAUCGAACUUUAGUUAAUUAAAUUUUUUUGUGAUCGUCGUAAUUAUAAAUUAUAUUAGUUGUAUGUGACUAGUUUCAGCAGUUAUUUUUUAGAGGCUCUUAAGCCGCAAAAAAUGGGAGGCGGCCAGCUGGGCCUCCUCCUUUGGAAAAAUUAUGUCGUCCGUAAGCGCAGACCCGGCAUUCUGGGUCUCGUGUUUCUAUGGCCUGUUGUUGUUUUUAUGCUUCUCUACACCGUUCGUGACAAUGUUGAUCCCGAGUACAAUCCAACAUGUCAAUUUCCAGCUCGACGAAUGCCACGCGAUGGGCUUUUACCAUUUGUUCAAAGUUACAUUUGCAGUAUUGGUAAUCCUUGUGAGCCUUUAGAUGACUAUGAACAAGUACCUUCUUAUGAAAAAGCCACAUUGGGUCCAUUGAUGAUGGAACUACAGCCGGUUUUACGAAACAAUACAAUAUUACAAGCAGUAGAAACACUACCACAGAGUGUUAAAUUUUUAAAAUCAAUGGCUGAAAUUUUAACAAGACCGGAAAUUAAAAAACUAUUUGAUCGUGGUAUAAAACUCGGUGACUUAUUCAACAAUCACGAUGCAGUUAAACAUGUACUGCAAAGUCAAAUGCCUGGAGUCAGAGAGGACUUGGUUGAUGAUCUCUUUGAGGCCUCUAUAAAGCUUUAUUACCUCAUAGAAUCGUUUGGUUCAUCAAACAUUGAUGGGAUCGUUUGUUCACCGGAAAGCUUGAAGCAGUUCAUUGUGGUACCAAAGGAACAGGACCUCGUCACCAUUUCACAGGUCCUCUGCAAUCUAGAUCCCAAUAAGAUACCCGAAAUUCUUGAACGGUUGGCUCGACAUUUAGAUUUCGAGGGGCUUUUGGAGGUAGUUAGCCGUGUAAUGGCUAAAUUUAGUGACUAUGAUUUUAUCAGCGAUAUUAAGAGGACUAUUGUCACUGUAUUGGAAUUAGAUACAUUGAAAAAAUACGUACCUAGUUAUUUAAAGUUACGAGAAUGGGUACCCGAGGUACUCGAGCUCUUCAGAGACGUUAACUUCAAGGCUAUCGAUGUUUCAUUCAUAAAUAAAUCAAUUGAAAAAAUGGACCCGAUAUUUUUUGGCGAUCGAGACUGGUCUACAGCACGCCAUGGACUUUAUAAACUAAAUUCAAUAUUAGUGAUAAUAAAAGAAAUUUAUGAUAAAAAUGUAACGCAAGAAACAGAUAAAAAUAUUUUUGAAUUGACUCAUGAUAUCAGUAGAGGUGCACAAAAGCUUUCAGAUUUUUCAAUCUACACAGAAGACAUUACUAAAGUAUUUGAUGAGGCAUUUACGAUGGUUCAAGACGGCGUUAAACUGACAAACAAACUUCUGUAUAUUCAUCAAGACGAAAUCGAACUGACAACUGAAAUUUUUGAUAACUUGCGUGAUAUCUUUCCCAAUAAAGUUAUGAGUACGUUGACUUAUUUAGUGUCGACGACAGAAAAUAUUGUCCGUAUGAUUCAUCACGUCGCAAUAAUACACGAAGAAUUGUAUGAAAAAAUUUACAAUAUAUCAAAAAAACAUCAAGAGACUGUGAAAGAAUUUUUGACUGACAUGGAGCCUGAUAUUUAUCGCACGAUUGUUAAAUCAUUUUCACAGCUAGAUCUCGUUGAGGCUUUAGUUGAAUCAACAAAAACAAAACCAAUAGCUGAUGUUAUUUGUAGUGAAGAAAUAUUUAAAAGAAUAUUCAAAGAAUGGAGUAAUUAUAAUAUAAAAUCAUUAACUCUCAAUGAAUUGAUUUGUCGUAAUGAAACAAAAUUACUGAUGACAGAUAUUUAUAAUGUAUUUGAGUUCGAUAAUUUUCGAAUUAUUGUCGAAAAUACACUUUCAACAUUUGUUAGCAUGGCACUGACACGUCCAGUGGCUAUUGAUAAAUCAAAUUUAACUUCAACAGUACGUAGUAUUCGUAAUUUACUUUACUACUUGGAGCAUUUACCAUUGAAGAAGUUGGACUGGAGUGAGUUUAAAGUACCGGAUAAAUGGCUCCAGGUGUUCAAUGAAACUCGACCACUAGGACGUGUCAGUAUAUUGGGUUAUCAUUUGAGCGUCGCUAAAAAUACCGGCUCUAAAAGCUUAUCAUACAUGACAAUAAAGCCAGACUUGGAAAAUAUGGAUAUUAUUGCUGAUUUAAUUCUUAAGGAUUUGCGUGAAAAUCCAACCGAGUGGAUUAAUCAAGUACGCGAGCAUGAAGCCGAGUUACUGGAAUCAUUUUAUCUGACUGUUAGUGAUCGUAACAAAACACUCAAAAUUUUAGAGUACGAAAAUUUCACACGUUCGUAUUGCGUUGAAAGAAAUAAAGAUUUACUAAAUUACCCACCGGGUUCAAAUGUUACUUUGCUGAAAGGACUAGUCUGUCGGCUUGCCAGAGCAGUUCAAACAGAGCUCGAGAUAAAUUUGACCUCAUCAGAGCUUCAGGAGAUGACGUUCAAAGAUCGGAACUCAUUCAACUGGACGGCAUUCAAUGAAAAACUUGUCGAGAUUUAUGCGUACGUGGAUACUCUGGUGCAGUUUGACGGAGAUAGUUAUUUGUUGAAACGUUUUGACGAGCUAAAGAGAAAUUUUGAAAGUACUUGGACCAAAGAUUUGACUGCUGAGCAUGCUUGGGAAAUCAGCGUAGGUCUGCUCUGUAGAUUUUUUCUCGUAGCAGAGAGUCCGCUGUUUAACGUCCAGUCAAAACCCGCCUGGCGAAAGCUUUACGCGGUAGCUUGGUCAGCUGCCACUAUUUCUACCAGCAUCGAACACACGAUAGACAAUAUUUUAGAUGACAAUAUUAAUAAUACUACAAUUAAAUUGUCUACGGUAAUGAAAGAUAUGCCACAGACAGAAAUACUUAUCGAUACCGCGCUACGUAAUCUUCCGGCAGUGACACGUGACGUCAUAGACAUUCUCACUCAAAGGAAUCCUAUUCAACUGGUGACUGCGAUAAAUAAUCAUCAGAAAGUUGAACUAAAUUGGCCGUGUGUUUUUAACCAGAGUGUAGGAGACGUUUUAGAAUUACGUCCAGGCACUAAGGAGUUGAUACGUGAGAUCGAGAGGAUAUCUUGUAAUCCAGGAUUAUUUAUUAGAGAGUGGGAAGAACAUGCGACAUUUAAAAGAGUUUAUGAAAUAAUUAAAAAUAACAAUGAAACAAUAGCUGUUCCCUCGUUUAAUUGGACUUCUGGUUACACAUCAUUCCGUCGCCUGAUUGCUAAAUUUGUUAUUUUAAUAAAUUAUCCAAGUGACUUAGCUCUGAGUAGUGACGAAAAUGGCGAUAAUCAACACAGUAUUAAAAUAAUACCAGAGGUUAAAAAAAUAAUUUAUCAAUCGUUGCCAAAAAUUUCCGAACAAUCGAAAAAUAUAUUGGAGUACGUGGAUAUGGAAAUAGAUAAAAAUAUACCUGUGUAUAAAAGUAAUAUUACUGCCAGAGAAGCUUGGGUAUCUUUAACACCACGAACUCUUGAUGAAAUUCUGGUUAUCGUCAAGUUUGGAUCACGUGUAAUUCACGAUGUUGUCGACGUGAUUCUCCAGUUACUUGGAGGUGAUCCAAAAAACAUAAAUCUACUAAACGUGUUAGGAUUUACAAUCAAGAGCCCAGUGUCUAUUGUUCGCGAUAGAUUUCCAUACAUCCUUGCCACCGUAAUUUACGGACUCACCGAUAUGGAUUUAGAUAAUAAAAUUUACACUGCUAUUAAUAAUAAUAAUAAAAAUAAUAAUCAAAGUAUUAGUAUCACAUGUACAGAUUUAUUUAUGUGGUUCGAAGAUUAUAAAACAGGUCUUACAGACGAUGAAUACCGGACUCUAAAAAAUUUUACGUGUGACGCAGACCCAGAGAAUUUUAAUGCGUUUAUCGAUCUUUAUUUAAAAGAAACAACUAUUUGGAGUACUCCGGUUUCAAAUUAUCAACUUCAUUUUCUUUCACUCGGUGAACAGCUUUAUCAUCUCGGGGAGUUAGUAAAAAGUCUUGGAGAAGAUUUUGAAAUAAAGUCUCCGGUUGAUGAAAAGUAUUUUAAAGAUGCUUUGAUAACACUCAAGAAUGUACUGGAAGUACCGAAAGCAACUUUAACUUCAACAUCCGUAUCUAAAUACAGCUCUGAAUGGUCGACUUACCGGCUUGUUAUUCAGGGAUUGUCUGAAGUACUUGACAAUGCAGCAUUCGCAUUGAAAGACGUUAUUAAAUCUGAAGACAAUAUAUUGCAUUUGUGGGACUUUGUAAAAGCUGGUGAUGUACAUCAGUUGGUUAAAUAUUUAGAAAGUUAUCCCAUUGAAACGAUAUCAUUUUUUGCAACUCUAAGUACUUAUAAUACAACUUCAAUGAUUCCUUUUAAAGAUGUAAGACACACGAUGUGUAAUUUACAUUUCAAUUCGACUUACUGGGCGCAGUCAAGCGGAAAACAUUUUUUGAGCCAUCUUUGUACUUGGGAUCAGUACGAAUUACUCAAACAAGCGACGAGUGAAGAUUACGCAGAUUUAAUUCACGGUAAAAAUACCUCUUUUUUAAAAACAAAACCUCUGUCUAAGUCAGUAACUAAAUUUUUGGACGCCUGGACAAAAUUGGAAGAGAAGAAUAAAAACAAAAAAAUAAAUUUUGAAUCGAAUAUUUUAAAUGUUACAACCUGGAAAAAUCUUCCUAAUGAAACUCAUGAGUUAAUUCACGAUGCCGAAAAAUCAUGGAUUCAUAAAGCCGUUACUGAAUUAGAUCCGCUGGAGUAUGAAUUCAUUUAUGAACUUCCGACGGAUCUUGAUGUGACUGGAGUCCAUAAGUUUUUUAAAAAUCAUCCACUGCACACUGCAGUACAAGUGAUGCAAGUGACAGAAGUAUGGCUGGACGUAACUUCUGGGGGUGAUAUUUGGCAAAAAUUACGCACAACUUUUGAACACUCGCGUGUUAAAUUUAUUUUGAAUCUAAUGGAAGACGCGCCAAAUUUGAUAAUAUCAAUUGUCGAUACGUUUUUAAAUUCUGAGAGACUCAAUGAUUUUAUGGAUAAAUUUUUAAAUGGAACAAUAAAUGGAUGCGAUAUUGACAAAUAUCUUAUUCCGUCUGGUUACAUCCGCAAAAAGGGAAUCAUUUCCAGUAUUACCAAUUUCUGUAAUAAAAUAAUAAAUAGUAAUGAUAGAUUGAAUGUAAGUGAUUUUAAACCACUUAGAUUAGCAUUAAACGUAUUUUCAGAUUCAGAAAUCAAUAUUUUUCACUACGUUUCACUAGAGAAAGAUAUUGCGGAUAAUAAAAUGACUAUUAAAGCCAAGUUAAAUGAGAGUUACUUUAUAGAACAGUUGGAGAUGUUUCAACGGACAUUAAUUCACGCGCUAAGUGAUAGUUAUAAAUCACCAAGAACACCGUCUUGGAUAACUUCUUUUCAAGAGGCUAGUUUAAAUGACUUUAAGAAGCAAUUUGAUACUCCUUCUACCAGUUAUAAGGACUUGAGAUCUCUAGCUCACUCAGUCGUUACCAAAUCCACUAAAGUAAUGAAAAAUAUUUUUAUAUCAACGGGUGACUUAAAAAAUAAUUGCUCAUGGUGUAACACUCGCGUUGUUGAAAUAAUAAAUUCUCAAUUGGCCAACCAUGAAAUAUAUUCCGAAAUAAUUUGUAAAUUUAAUCGAAUGAAUGUAUCGCAGAUACAAGAAAUCAUUGACAGUCGUUUGUAUUGGAAAAAAACGGUGGGCAUGAUUAAAAAUUUUGAAUUCUUGAGUGUCAAAAAAGACAUCGAUAGUUUUAUUACUGCUAUUGAAAGUGCGUUGCACUAUAUCAUGGACAUUGUAAUGGAUUAUAAGGAUCCAUCGAGUGAAAAAAAUUUAAAUGAGUGUAUGACAAAAGCUGUUGAUGGUAUUAAAAAUUUUUCUCCGGGAAUUUAUAUUAAAAUACUUGUCGGAGUAAUUAAUGCUCUGGAAAAAAAUAUUCAAGUAUUAGAAUUACCGAGUAAUAGAGAGGAUUUGAAUAAUCGUACUAAAUUAUCUGAGAAAUUUAUUCCCAUUUGGAAGCCUUUGAGGAGUGUUGUUAAGCAUAGAUACAUUGCAGAGGUAGAUAAAUUACUUCCGAAUGCUAGCAUAAAUGUUAAUUUAUUAGUAAGCGAGAGAAAUACCUCUGUAUGUUCAAACGCCGCUUGCAGGAAUGCAUCAACGUUGAAUAAUAUCUUGAGUUCUAAGAAAGUACAUAAGUUACUGAGGUAUGAUCCAAAGCUAUCAAACUAUCCGUUGACUUCAGACAUUUCAAAGUUACUCGUAGACAGUUUGGAUUUUGACUUUAUAAACCAUGAGAUUGUAUCGUGGCGUACUAACGACUCAUUUAAUUUAACUUGGUUACGUGAAAUUCUACAGCAUUUAUCAGUGGUCCUUGAAGAAGGAGGUAGUCUGCUGGACGUGGCAAGUAAGAUUGAUUUUCAAGACGUAUCUAAUGUACUUGGAGUGCCAGAUCUUGCUGAUGGUGUGGUGAAUUUAUUGAGAGACAAGACUGUAGACAAACUUUUCGCUGGACUGAAGGAGAUCCUUGACGAUGUUGAACCUUUUGUGGACAGCCAACUGGUGAGAGCCGAUCUCUAUUCAAUUGUCGAUGCUUUUGAGUCAAUGGAGAUUUUCAAGAAUUUGGGUUUACUUGAUAUGAAAUAUCUCGUGGCGGAGAUGUUUGUAGACUGGGGUGUGCUGAGAAGAUUCCUGGUUGAUGACAUGGCAAUUUCGGAGGAAUUUGUUGAGCUAAUAAGUCAAAGUAAAGUGGAUAUGUUGUCAAUUUUUAUGAAAGAACGUUCCGCUAUUAGUUUGAAAGACACUGUCUGUUCUCAAGACAAUCUUAAAGACAUGUUGAGUUUCGAGGGCUCUAAUACAAAUGCCGAAGAGAUAAGUUCUAUUCUCUGUACGCUCAGUUCAUCAGCAACGCAAAAUAUGACAAUUACUUUGAUACAAAAUGUUAAUUUUGACUACGUCUUUAGGACUUUGAUGAGCGCUAAUGUUAAAAAUAUUUUAAAGAAUGCAAAUUUAACGGAAACGGAGGGUAAAGUUAUCUUUGAUAACAUCGGAGUUGUAGCUGAGCUAGUACCUUUUUUUAAAGACAAACUUACGACUGGAUUCACUUCAGAUACUGAAGAAAAUAGUUCUGAAGGUACGGAGGUAUCUAGUGGUAAAUUUCUUCAAGACGCCAGUGAAAUGCUGUGCGGUAGAAAAUUAAUUUCAGACAAUGGACAAUUUUAUCGUAUUAUCAGUAGUAUUGAAGACAAAGAAAAGGCUUAUGAUGAAAGAGAAUUGAAUUCAUUGCCAACGGAAUUUUGUCGGGAUACUUAUAAAAAUGUAUUGGGAAUGAGUGGCGGUAAAAUUGUUUGGUCGUACGUGAAACCGUUACUCCGUGGUAGAAUUUUGUAUGCACCGAAUACUCGGACAAUAAAAAGAGUAAUGGAAUUGGCAAAUCAAACUUUCAGUGAAAUAGACACAUUUGGACAUUUGAUGAUGAAUAUUGAAAAGACUUUGGUGGCUCUCGCAAAUUUAUCAGAGAUGGGAGAAAGUCUUAAUGAUUUGAAAGAUAUAAUGGCUUCGAAAGUAAUGAAAAUAGCGAUAAAAUCGAUGAGUGGAGGUAAAAUGCAAGGGGAUUUAUCAAACUUUGAUUUAGGAGAGAUAGCAUGGAGAUUAAAAAAGUCUAGUAAAUUAACUCAGAUGAUAGGAAUGUUAAAUGAUUUUAUUGAGUGUGUUCUCGUUGACCGUAUGGUAGGAUUUGAUACCGAAGAAGAGCUCGAAGUAGAAGCAAGAAAAUUAACUGACACAAAUGAAUUUUUAGCUGGAGUUGUAUUUAUGAAUACACAAAAAUACACGCGACGUUCAUUGGACGAAGGUCUACCUAAUGACGUAGCCUACAAAAUUCGUAUGGACGUGGACUAUGUUCCAUCGACAAAGAGAAUGAAGAACCAAUUCUGGAUCCCGGGGCCCGAGGGUUCUUUUAUCGAAGACUUGAGAUAUCUUCGCGGGUUCAUUCAGCUUCAGGACUCAGUCGACCGCGCAAUUAUCGAAGUUAAAUCCGGCAAAGAACAAAAUUGGAAAACUCUCAGCCAACAGAUGCCAUAUCCCUGCUGGAAAUUUGCCUCAUUCCAGUCAACUCUUUACGAAUCUCAAGGUCUCAUAAUUUGUUUCUACUUUGCCCUGAUGAUGUGCGUGGGCUCAGCAGUUCGUUACAUCGUCUGGGAACGGGAGUCGCAGAACGCCAUGGUGAUGAGCGUAAUGGGCCUCAAACCAUGGAGAAAUACCUGCGCUUGGUUCAUCACAUCCGGAAUUGAAUUGACAAUUGUAAUGGUGUCCAUUUGCAUUAUUUUAAUCGCCGGCAAAAUUCUUCCCAACUCAGAUCCGUUUCUAGUUAUGUUACUGCUUAUGGACUACGUAUUCUCUAUUGUAACUUUCUGUUACAUGAUCUCUACACUGUUCAGUUCAGCUAGUUUAGCAGCAGUCACAACAGUUGUCAUGUUCCUGCUUACUUACAUGCCCUAUGUUAUUGUUAUUGCUAUGGAAGCAACUCUAGGACUCGGUUAUAAUAUUUUACUUUGCUUGAGUAUGUCAACGAGCUUUUGUUACGGCUGUCUCUACGCAACUCGUCGAGAAGUCCAAGGAAUCGGUCUCACAUGGGAUCGCAUUUGGGAAGAAUCCAGUCCCGGUGAUCCAAUGUCUCUAGGACUAAUUCUAGUAAUGAUAGCAAUUGAUGGAAUUCUGUAUGCAUUAGUGGGAUACGUUGUUACUAGAUACACAAAUUCAGGUAGGGAUUUUCAUGGGUUGAGAUCACGUAGCUUGUGGUGGGCCGACACUCGUUCUCUCUAUGGUCGACCUAGCUACCUCGCCUUCGUCAACAGUCUCUAUUUCACUAACGAUGUUCUGCACCCUUCAGCAAUUUACCAAGAUGAGGACAGUGACAUCAGCAGUAUGACUGUUAACGAGAAACAAAUAGGCGUAAGAUUUGAAACAGUAAGAAAAGUUUAUCAAACAGAACGAGGAGAUGUUGUUGCUGUUGAUGACUUUAGUUUGAAACUUUGCGAAGGAGAAGUUACCAGUCUUUUAGGUAGAAAUGGUGCCGGUAAAACAACAAUCAUAAAAAUGUUAACUGGAAUGGUUGCACCAACUUGCGGUGAGAUUUAUCUUAACGGAGAUGAAGGAACAAAACCUGAUAUAGGAGUCUGUCCUCAAGAAAAUGUUCUGAUUGAUACGCUGACACCACGUGAGCACAUGACAUUUUAUGCGAAAUUAAAACGGCCAAUGAACAACGACGAGAUGUAUAAGAACGUGAAUGCAAUGCUAGCGUCUUUGGAACUGGGUAGACAGGAGCACGAACCAGUGUCGAGACUAUCGGGUGGCACUAAACGACGUUUAUGUGUAGCGCUGGCUUUUCUCGGUUCACCGAAGCUCGUUAUCCUCGACGAACCAGGCGCGGGUGUUGAUCCAGCCGCACGUCGUCGAAUCUGGCGUCUUAUAGACCAACAUCGCGUUAACAGAACCGUUCUAUUGUCAACUCACCAUCUAGAUGAAGCAGACAUGCUGAGUGACACUGUAGUAGUAAUGCAUCGUGGUAAAAUUCUCUGCACUGGAUCACCUCUCACUCUCAAAACCACAUAUGGACAGGGUUACUGGAUUAACGUGGCUUAUCCACCAGCAGAAAUAAUACGUGAGAUAGACAAUAAAAGUGUCGAAAGUUUACGGUCUCAAGUGCUCAGCGUAGUGUCCAAUGCAACUGUGAGCAAUCCCAGUGGGCACGAACUCACGGUAAAUCUUCCAUUCCAAGGCAAGCACGGAGCGACAAAUGAUAUCGCUGGGGUCAUUAAAAAUCUUGAAGACAAUCAAAAAACUUUAGGCUUUUCCCGUAUUACCCUAGAGUGCGAUACUUUAGAAAAAGUAUUUUUAGAUUUGUGUUUACGUGCAGAUAGUGGACUUGGAGGUGUUGGUGGUAUUUCUUCCCCUGCUUCCGCUUCACGUGGUAGCAGUAACAGUGUCGCAAGUAUUAGUAGUAUUGAGUUGAAUAUGAUCGACGACACGGAAUCUAUUUUAACAAGAUAUCCAACAAACCCAUCAGCUUUUCGUCAAGUUAAAGCUCUGCUGAAAAAAAGAUUGUGGCAUUUUAUACGUGACUGGAGAGCACCACUGGCGACUUUAAUUCUACCCACGAUUUUUGUUGCUGUCGCAAUGGGAUUUUCAUUGAUUCGUCCACCUUCGACUGACGAACCGUCAAUUGAUCUCAAUCCAAAACUUUAUGAUACUCAUCCCACCUACUUUUACAGCAUUGAUAAUGGCAGUGAUCCAUUUUUGCAACGACUGUCAUUUCAACUCCACGAUCGCUUUGGCGACGACUACGCAGGCGCUUGGCAAACUCAUCCUAACGACACGGGAACUUGUGAGUGCUCUUUGGAAGGUCAACAAAUUUGUCAUGGAGUUUCUAAAGCAGUUGAAGGUCUCUUUCAGACGUUGCCAGGUCGUCCAACACUUGACUGGAUAAUCUCAACGUUCCGCGAGUACAUAGAGAAGAGAUACGGUGGAUGGUCUCUGUCUCACUUGAAGGAAGACCCACUUUUCGUGGUCUGGUACAACAAUAAAGGCCAUCACUCACUACCAGCCUACCUGAAUGCUCUCAACGAAGCGAUCUUGCGGGCUUCUGGCGUGCCUGGUCACUUGAAAACUUUCAACCACCCUCUGAAAUUGUCAAGCGACCAAUUGAACCGCACAACUCUAUUGCAGCACGUGGCAGACGUUGGGGUCGCUCUUGUUCUGCUGAUCGCAUUCAACUUGGUAGCCGCACAAGGCGCACGGGAACUUGUCCGUGAGAGAUUGUCCGAGGAGAAACGUAUUUUGUAUUUAGCAGGUGUUCAUCCGAUAACUUACUGGACAACUGCUUUGAUCUGGGAUUUCUUGGUCUUUGUCGGUUCCAUUGGACUUGCCGUUGGUGUUUUUGAAAUAUUUGGAUUACCCGCUUAUGUUGCGCGUGACAAUCUUCCAGGUGUUUGUUUACUUCUUGUUCUCUUCGCGUGGGCUUCGAUUCCAUUUACUCAUUUAAUUGAGAAGACAUUCGACGACUCAAGUCUUUCAAACAUGGUCCUGUUCUGCCUCAACACAUUUAUCGGCGUAAUCUGUCUCGCGACGAUACUCGUGAUCGACAUACUGGGAAAGAGCCAAGCUGCCAAAGACACCCGACAAUUAUUGCACAAUGUAAUGCUUUUAUUUCCACAAUACGCAUUGGGAGACGCUCUUGUUCAAAUGUCAACCAAUGACAUAACAGCUGAACUGCUGGAACGUUUUAAUAUGGACACUUACAAGUCGCCGUUGGGCUGGGAGCUCAUUGGCCCUCAUUACGUUUUCUUAUUUGCUGUGGGUGUUAUUUUAUACUUUGCUAAUUUAGCUAUUGAGUGCAGAAUAUUCCCAAGUUUUGAAAGAAAGAGAGAGUUGUACAAAGACGGCGGUGAAGAUGAAGAUGUAAUGAAAGAAAGGGUACGAGUUGAAAACGGAGCAAACACAGACGUACUAAAGACUAUUAAGCUGCGUAAAGAGUACAGAAGUGUUUAUGGAACAAAUGUUGCCGUGCAGAAUUUAAGUAUCGGUAUUCAAGCGGGCACUUGCUUUGGUCUCUUGGGUGUUAAUGGUGCGGGAAAAAGUACAACAUUCAAGAUGCUUACAACAGAAUUACUUCCGACAGCCGGAACAAUAGUAUUAAAAAAUAAUGAAAUAGGUAGAAGGCCUUUGUGCAAUGGGGAGAUAGGUUACUGUCCACAAAGUGAUUCACUUGAUGGAUUUUUAAGUCCCCAUCAGUGUUUAACUAUUCAUGGGGAAGUCUGUGGUCUGAGCAAUGUACCAAAAGCCGUUGAGUUGAUGUUAAAUAGGUUUGACCUCUUGAAGUAUGCGCAUCAGAGGGUAUCCAGUCUCAGUGGUGGAAACAAGAGGAAGCUGUGCGCAGCAAUUAGUGUCAUGGCACCGGUCUCUGUAGUGCUGAUGGACGAGCCAACGAGCGGUAUGGAUCCUGCCACCAAGGAGCUUGUGGCGAGGAUUAUUCGUCAGAUCACGAGAGCUCAAGGUGCUGUUAUAAUGACAUCACACAGUGUUGCUGAGUGUGAGAAACUCUGUAAUCGAGUGGGAAUACUCGCUCGAGCUGGUCUCAGGUGCAUCGGGAGUGUACAACACCUUAAACAUAAAUUCGGUGAAGGGUUCAUAGCAUUUUUCCGGUUCAGUCAGCCAGUAACGGUAAAAGAACUGAAAGAUGCGAUAUCAAGGCACUUGUACCGAGCCCAAGUGUCAUCCCGACAAGCGACAGCAGCGCGACUGAUGAUCCCCAGGGUCCACGACGUUCCACUCAGUGAAAUUUUCUCAAGAGUCAAAAGACUUGCUGAGGACUUGAAAGUCACAGACUACACGCUCACUCAAAGUUCAUUAGAUCAGGUCUUGGUUAAUUUUUCUGAAGAACUCGAGGAUGACUCGUCAGAUCCACGAUACAGAUCUCUCGUUAAUUCGUAUCCUAGUAUGGACACCAUCCACAUGGAUACAUUCCAAUAGAUAAUUUAAAAAGUACUUACCGUAAAAAUAUAAAAAAAUAAUAAAAAUAAUAAAA